AAAUUUAGCGAAAGUGUUGUACUACCAAUGGAAUUUAUUAUGCGGGUAUGUUUUUCAUAUUUUAUUGUUGGAAUAAAUAAGCACACAGUUAAAUUAUCUACUAUUGAAGAGGUUUCGAAUUCUAUGGUUGAGCUUAAUGGUGAUGAUGAUCGAUAUGUGAAGUAG